AGGGUUUAUCGGAGGAGGAUGGGAGCCGAGGUUCACGCGGUUGCGCCCGUCGCCGGCGCCAUGGACAUCAACGCUGUGCGCGAUCUCAUUGCCGCGCGUCGAUUCAACGAGAUCGCUGCCUUCUGCGAAUCGCUGGAGCUCGAGUACGCCGCGAGAGGAUCAGAGCAUGGCGAGGAUUGGCCUUACGCAAUCCACAUUCUUGGCCAUAUCUAUAACUCGGAUUUGGACAGUGCGAGGUUUCUUUGGAAGCGGAUCCCCGACUCGAUCAAGCAGUCGCAAAUGGAGCUCGCUCAAGUCUGGAAGAUUGGUCAGUGCAUGUGGACUCACGACUACGUCGCAGUGCACGAAGCCAUCCGAGGAUUCGACUGGACGCCAGACGUGAAACAAGUGGUCGCUGCUGUUGCGGAGGACUUCUCGAGAAAAAUCUUUCGGCUCCUGUCCACGGCAUACUCGACUUUGAGCAUACCCGAUGCUGCGUCAUUCUUUGGACUUACGGAGAGCGAGACCAUCGCAUUGGCUGAGCAGCAAGGAUGGAUAUUGGAUCCCACAUCGCAAAUGUUCAACGUCCGGUCUAUUCCACCGACGGCAGAGCAAAAGCUGGAUACGAGCAACUUACAGAACCUGACGGAAUACGUCUUCCAUUUGGAGCAUUGAAUGCGCGCGCUCCGUUAAGAUUCAAUCUAAUUGUACCCGCGCACCCGCAGUCAACUGCAAAAGUUGUGUCAUGCGGAGUUCAUGCUCAACCAAAUUGCUCCGCUUUAGUCGAGCAUUUAAGAAGUUUUGUUUGGCUUGAGACUCCGGUCAUGGCUUCCGUAUUGAUUCUUCUGACUUCCUCGCUGUUGGUGUUCCAAGUUACAGGCUACUGCGGACCUCUGACGAGCUUCGAGACAGCUCCAUGCUCGGUUUUCUCUAGAGAGCCUGGCUACGAGCUUCGCGAGUAUCCUGGAGGCCAGCUGGUGGAACUUUCGAUUGAAAAUUCCACAUUCGAAGCUGCCACGUUUGCCGGAUUCUUUCGCUUGGCCUCGUACUUGAAUGGCGACAACCGGCACGACGUCCAAGUCCCAAUCGUCCUUCCUUUUAUGGUCCAGCCAGCCUCCAGUGUUGAUGGCUACAGAGUUGGAUUAUACCUCCCGAGAAGUGUUGGCGAUGCUCCAUCGCCGAGGGACAGGAGCAUGCGCAUCAGGGAAGCGCACCGUAGCAUUCAAGCCGUGAUUGGUCCAUUCCCCGCCUUCGCUAUUAAUGAGACGAACUACUUGCACAACACGAGGCAGCUCAUGCGGUUCCUCCAGCGCGACGGGCUUCGCUACAAUCCUUCCUCGGUGAUCUACGCCGCGUACAUCAAUCCCGCGGACUUGCUCACCAUCCACCAAGAAGUUCACCUCCAAGUUCUCUUCGAUUGAUAACGAGCUCAGCAGUAGCGUCUAGCUCCCCCUUCUCAAGCUUUUCCGCGAGAACUUUCACGGUUUUCUUCUCUUCUUCCACAGUGUCAAGGAUUUCCUCGAUCUCGUCGUGAAUCUCCUCGGCUGUGGCUUCCACCUUCAAAUCCAAGAGUAAAUCUAGAGUUUGAGCCGUGGUUUGUUUUAA